ACUAGAAUAUUUGGAAUAUAAUUAAGUUCUAUUUUUUACCUUGAUUGCAUAGAAUAAUCAUCUAAAUUGACUAAUUUACCCUUCAUAAAGGUUAAAAGUGGUAGUGUUGCUUAAACUUUUUACAAAUUUGUGGUAGUUCUUUUAAACAUUUUUUUUAAUAGGUAAUUGUUUUCAAAACACGUGUUUUAAUUGGUAGUUGUUGACAAAAUUUCUAUUUGAAAACGGUGCAAGAAAAUAAGUGUUGCAAAUAGAAUAGUCGGAAGCGCCAAAAAAAGGAAAAAAAAAACCUCAGGCAAAAUUAAUGAAAGUAUGUUAAGUAUCACAUUUUCGAGGUGAAGGCACAAAUUCCAUGCUCAAUUCCAUUUGACAAAAAAACAUGAUUCCUUUUCUACCUAAGCUCUUCAGGCAUGCCAAACAUUACUGAUCAUCACUAAGAGAGAAAAAGAGAAAGAGAAGUGAACAGUUUAAGGGGCAUUUUUGAAUGAAACGCCAACAACCAAACCAUGACAUAACAUAAUAACUAAGCUGCUUAUUCUAUACAUAGAAAUAGUAAGAAGUUAGAGAGAGUACAAAAAUGGGGAGUUCAUUUAAGAAUAGCAACAAUCAAAGAGGGAGCAGUAGUAGUAGUAAUAGUAAGCCGUACGCGUUGAUGCUAUUGUUAGCGUUCGGGGUGGCUAUUCUUGGAGUUAUGGUGCUUCACAAGAUCAGAGAGAAACGAAUUUUUUCUCUUCUUGUUAAGGAGAAAGACCAUGAGCUUCUUACCCUUCACCUUCUCUUCCAGAGAGAGAAAGAGUUCAACCAAGAAGCUCGGAAGAAAAUCGAAGAGAUGAACAGCAAAGUUUACUCCCUGAGAGCACAGAAGUUGGAGCUCGAAAGGAGGCUGUCAGAUAAGGAAUCUACAAUUUCAUCUCUCAUGGAUGAAAGGAAGGUGAUAGAGUUGACGCUUGAGGAGAAAAGGAACAAGAUUCAAAUUCUGAGAGAAGAAAAGGAAUCGAGUAGCAAAGAUCCCCCUCAAGUUACUGUUUUAAAGGACAUGUUAAACAUGAAAGAUGCAGAAAUUGAAGAUCUGAAGUUCCAGCUUGAAAAACGAGAAGAUUUGCAUUCAGAAACAACUAGACUUGUAACAAAUUCCAUUGGUGUUGGGACAAGAGAUGAGGGUGAGAAUGAGGGGGAUUUACAAUUAAGUAACGAUUCAUUGACAGAUUCAACAAUGGGAAAAAGUAGAAGCCACAAUGAUAACGUUAUUCAGACAGUGAAUGAUCACAGAACAAACAUUGAACACAAGAAGUUGAAUGAUGUGAAAGAUGGAGUUGAAUUGAAGAGCGAGAAUACUAAAACUGAUGAUAGCAAAACAGCAGAUUAUCAUGCUGACCACAGCACCAAGGUCACGGAGGAUAAAGCAAGAGGAACCAACACUAGCCAUGAAGAGGAGAAGCAGAAAUUGCAAGAGCAUCAAGCAACGGGUGACUUGAAAGAUACAAGCCUUCUCAGAGGCGGCCUGAUGUUGGAAAAGCCAGAUGGAUCUGUAAAUGGCUAUGGCUCUAGAGCAAGAAGGAGACAUUCCAAGGGCAAGAGGAGAGAGAUUCUAAGAAACAGGAGAUUAGAUGAUUACUUGUACUCUGCGAGCAAGACUGGAAGCACUCCAGUUCUUAACAGAAAUGAAGAAUUGCAGAAAUCUAACCAACCCGGAAAUAAUGAGUCAGAGGUUAAAAAAUUUCUUGUUGAAAAACAUCAGCUGCCACAAUCAGACAAACUGAAUCAUAUACCAGACACCAGAAAUAAUGGUGAAUCCAGGGACGAAGUAGCCAAGAAGAGUGACAAACGAGGAAUAAAAUUGAAAAAGACACAAUCUAAUACAACAGAGGAAACUGAACAUGGGAUAUUAAUGAGCACGGAGCAAAAUAUCAAUGUCAAAACCAAAUUGCUAAUUGAUGAUGAGGGUAGCAAAGUAGAUGAUGUCCAAAUUACUGCCAGUAAGCAAAAUUCUGACGAGAUCACAAAGCAAUUAAAUGACCAAGAAGAAUACCGGGAACAGGAAAAGAUUAGUAGCAUCAAAGUGAAGAAGCAAGAGAUUGAUAAUGAGCAAGGAAAUGAAAUUGUAAUCGAAGAAAGUGAUGCUGAAGAUUCAAACGACGCUGAAACUAAUGAACCAGAAAUUGAUAGAGAUGACAUCAGAAGAUUUUCAGAAUCAGAACCUGAUGAGGAAGCAGAAGAGACAGAAUUUUAGGGUGCCAACUCAAAAUGAUCACCAAGAUGUGAAAAAACUUAGGAACUUCCCAAAAAGCAGCAAAGUAAUGCCAAAGUCUAUUACAGAUAUCCCAAGUGCAAACCUAAUGGUGAUCCUGUGAUCAAAGUCUAUUAAUCAAAUGUCCGUACACGAAAAAUAAAAAAGCCUUUAUCCUAA